AUGCUUCUUUUCAACCUUUUUUGUCGUCGUCGCGUCGUCCAUGGAGUCGCCUUCAUCGUCGACUUCCUUGAAUUUUCUUUCUUACUGGAAUUAUAUCAAUUUUCUACUAUUCCGUCCGGCUCUCGCUGUGCUUUUCGUUCUCUCUUUUAUUAUUCUCUGGUGGCUGUUGGCGUGGAAGUUGGUUCUGGUUCAUGUUCCACUGGUUCAAGAAAUUUUCGGUCUGAGGAAAAAACCGGUUAAACCAAAGCGGCCGACUCGUCGAUUAUCAAGAUAUUAUAACAGCAUCAACAAUCAUAGUUCUACUUCUCAAUAGCAGCCACAAAGCUCUGUUUCCAGAUGGUCGAAACCUAAAGCAGUGCUGGCAGCUUGAAAUACAUUGGAGAAGAUUGAGAUGAUUCAAUUUGUUUCAUACUUUUGUGGACAGAAAGUUGUAAAACAGCAAAAGGUAAACGUGUUCAAUAUUUGAUCUAAAUGAAGGAAAUGACAUUCAAGAUGACUAGAGAAUGUAGUGUUUUGUUUAUCACUUCUGUAAAUAUAUUUUCAACUGUUGUAAAAAACUCCAUUACUGAAAAUAUAUGAUGAUCAUUAAAAGUUUCCA